AUGUCUAAGUCACGGUCAGCCACACCAGUUCCUAACCUUCCAAUUAAUACUCCUCCUACACCGAAGCCUUCGACCUCACGACUUGAAUCAAACGAAACCGUUCCCUACCUUACACCAACUACAGAACACCCCAGAGGACGAUAUACACCUCCAUCAUACCCAUCACCAUCCCUUCAACAGCAUCGCGAGGCUCAGAGCAGCACCUCCACGAGACGCCGAGCGGACAGUUCACCAGACGAACCAAGUCCCAAACGAAGAAAGAAAAUGACAAGCAGAGACGCUAAAUCCUCCUCGACGCGAUCGAGUCCGUCGACUGACUCUCAAGAUGAACUCGCCGAUGCGGACCACGAUGCCACCGCCCAUGAGCAAAGCACAGAAGCCCAACCCGCAGCUCCAGUGAGGAAGAAGAGGACUCGCACGCUGACCACACCUCAUCAAUCAAGCGUCCUUCAUGCUUUACUGGCGCAGUCCCGCUUCCCGACGACAGCAAUGCGUGAGGAGGUCGGUCGAGCAAUUGGGUUGAGUGCCCGCAAAGUCCAGAAUCAACGCCAAAAGGCACGGCGCCCUAGAAGCCAGAGCGACGCUCCGCCGGCGCAGCCUGCGCAGUAUGAACCGUAUGCCAACGUCCCGGAGCGAUUUCUUUACAAUCCAGAAGCUACUUUUGCCUCGCAGGGACGGGCUAGUGGUGUGAGCCCACACCGUUCAGACACACACGCCAGUCAGACUGGGCUCCCUGUUCCACUCGGAGAGUCAGAACUUCGCGUCCCCCACGAAUAUGGCUGGCCAAUGACGCAGCGCCCCUCAAUGGAUAAUCCCUACCCUCACCUCCAUGGAACACGUCCUCCCACACCAGGGAGUUCCACCUCACGGCUGAGAUCAAGCACGGCCAUCGCCGACCCGAGGUCGCAAGGUUUCUCCCGAACACUACCGCCGUUAACCAGCAGGGCUCCCCCGAUGUCUUCAGGCUAUGUACCUUCUGCCAGGACGAGCGUUUUACCUCCGAUGACCCACUCAGCACCGCCAACGGCGGUCGCCUCUGAAUAUCGGAGUUCAGUGUCUCCCGAUCCACAGGUGGUCGACCGCUCCCAGGACUACCAGGUUCGAGUCGGGUUGAACAUUCCCCCUCCAUUUACGUUGCAACCUCCGCCUCAGUGGGAUCCGUCGGCUCUGGCUCCCCGUCCCAGCACUUCGUCAUGGUCACGCCCCGCCAAUCGUACUAUUGAGACGCUUCCACCGUACGUGUCACCACAAAGGCCCCUGCAACUCCGACCAGAUGAUGAUGACCCCGGUCUUGACCCCCCUCCACGUCGCCGUUCUGGCCGUUAUGAUCCCAUUCGCGAUAACCAGUCCUGA